AUGUUCCGGGAUAGAACCAACUUAUAUAUAUCUUAUCGGCGAACCUACCCUCAUAACACGGGUCAAUUCAAUGGUAAUUCUCAGCUCGACACGACGAACCCCAACAAUCGGUUUGACCUUUUGGGUGAAGAAGAGGAGGCGCAUGGGCUAAUUGAUUCUAGCUAUCAUGAUGAGGCGGCUGAAAAUGGAGAUGCAAUAGAAAUGAAGCCACUUCCCCCCAAGUUUGCGGAUAUCUCCUCAGAGAUUGAAUUUCUGUUGGCGGAGAUAGAGAAGGAAGUAACUCGGUUAAACUACCUAUACAAAAAGAACCUUUUGCCUGGGUUCAAUGACACGACAGAAGAUGAUGAGAAAAUAGAUCAAAUGAACUUUGUCAUCACGAGCUCCUUUCAAAAGGUUUACAAUAAGAUCAAGAAUAUUGACUCCAUUAAGCUUCAAUAUCAAGAUGUUUUGAGACCCGAGGACAAUUUGAUUUGUGACAACCUUAAGAAGAAUUUGGCUGCAAAGACCCAAGACUUAUCAAAGAAGUUUAGAAAAUUGCAAAAUAAUUAUAUCAAGUACUUAAAACAGGAUGAUUUCCAGGCACCUCAAAAACAAAAUGUCAUGGAUGAGUGGGAUGAUUCGGAUGCUGUAAAUAUUGAAUCAUAUUCGAAGCAGGCGAUGCAACAGUCUUCUGCCCUGUUACAGGAGCAAGAACAGACAGAGGGUAUUAAUGAUCAGUUGAUUCAGAGAAGGGAGAAGGAGAUUUACAAGAUUGCUCAAGGUGUUGUUGAGAUUUCUACCAUCUUUAAAGAAUUGGAGACUAUGGUUAUUGACCAAGGGACCAUAUUGGACAGAAUUGACUACAAUUUGGAAAAUGUUGUCGUUGAUUUGAAACAGAGUAAUAAAGAACUGCUUAAGGGUCAAAAGCAUCAGAAAAGGUCUACCAAGUGCAAACUUAUCCUACUUUUAACGUUAGUGACCUUGACCCUCGCAGUAAUAGUACUGAUGAAACCUAGACGGACAGACCAUUACUAUCAUGACACUCCAGAGCCAUCAAAAGACACAACACCAGCAGAAGAGCCAGCUCCGGUUGAAGUCGACGAGCCCACGACAAAGAAUUAA